UCAUCAUGCAUUGGUGUGUUUGGCAUCCGAAGUAGAGCUAGCUGUUGUAAUACGACAGUCGAGUCGCAGACAGACAGGCACCCGCCCGUGGUCGAGACAGAAGGCUCUCGCAGACAUCGCUAGUUGACUAGCCGAGCGAACAACGCACAGUGACCUCGUCAGCCCGUGUUCCCGUGAUCGCCAGUGAAGUGCCGCCAUGGCCGUUGCAGCAGCUCAGAAGAACCGCGAGAUGUUCGCCAUCAAGAAGUCCUACAGCAUCGAGAAUGGUUAUCCUUCUCGCCGUCGGUCGCUUGUGGACGAUGCUCGCUUUGAAACGCUUGUUGUGAAGCAGACCAAACAAAGCGUGUUGGAAGAGGCUCGUGCCCGGGCUAAUGAUUCUGGCUUCGACUCAGAAUAUAUUCAAGAUGGUGCCCAUAUUUCUAACGGAGACUAUUCAACUACAGACAACGCCAGUCAUCACGAAGAACCGAAACAUCCUCUUGCUGAUACAAACGCCAGCAAUGACGGAGUAAAGAAAAAUGAAGAUUAUACUUUAACAGAAGAGGAAGUGGUACUUCAGAAUGCAGCAAGCGAGAGUGCUGAAGCCGAGCAGGUCAUUCAGAAGGCCGCACUUCUAUUACGCAUGAGGGACGGAAUGGGCUCGCUGACACGCAUCCUGAAGACCAUCGACAACUACAAAGGAAGCGUCGAACAUCUCGAGACUCGCCCGUCGCAAGCUGCUGGCGUGCAGUUUGAUGCUCUCGUCAAAGUGAACAUGACCCGGGCCAACCUGCUGCACCUCAUCCGGGCUCUCCGCCAGUCGACAUCGUUCGCGGGAGUCAACCUACUCACUGAUAACAACCUCUCCAACAAAACUCCGUGGUUCCCUCGCCACGCAGCCGAUCUCGACAACUGCAACCAUUUGAUGACCAAAUUUGAACCAGAGCUCGACAUGAACCAUCCAGGAUUCGCCGACAAGGAGUACAGGUCUCGCAGGAAGGAUAUUGCCGAGAUCGCUUUUGGCUAUAAAUACGGAGAUCCGAUCCCUUCUAUUGAAUACACCGAGUCUGAGAACUCAACAUGGAAGCGGGUGUUCAACACCGUGUUAGAUCUGAUGCCCUCCCACGCCUGCAAGGAAUACAAAGCCGCAUUCAACAAGUUGCAAGAGGCCGACAUAUUCGUGGCUCACCGCAUUCCCCAGUUGGAAGACGUCAGCAACUUCCUGCGCAAGCACACCGGCUUCACGCUGCGCCCAGCCGCUGGCCUCCUCACGGCGCGCGACUUCUUGGCUUCGCUUGCAUUCCGAGUGUUCCAAUCCACACAGUACGUCCGCCACGCCAACUCACCUUUCCACACACCAGAACCUGAUUGCAUUCACGAGCUCCUCGGACACAUACCUCUUCUAGCCGAUCCUAGCUUCGCACAGUUCUCGCAAGAAAUUGGUUUAGCAUCGCUAGGUGCUUCGGACUCCGAAAUCGAAAAACUUUCCACUGUAUACUGGUUUACCGUCGAGUUUGGUCUAUGCAAAGAAAACCAGAAGCUUAAAGCAUAUGGUGCUGCACUGUUGUCUUCCAUUGGUGAACUCAUGCACGCUAUGAGUGAUAAACCAGAAUUAAAGCCUUUCGAACCUGCUACUACAUCAGUGCAACCUUAUCAAGAUCAAGAAUACCAGCCAAUUUACUACGUUGCCGAAAGUUUUGAAGAUGCCAAAGACAAGUUCAGACGCUGGGUGUCCACAAUGUCGCGACCGUUUGAGGUGCGAUUCAAUCCGCACACCGAACGCGUCGAGCUACUCGACUCGGUGGACAAGUUGGAAACUCUCAUCUGGCAACUGAACACGGAGAUGCUACACCUGACCAAUGCCGUGAAGAAGAUGAAGGGGUCACAGUUCCAGUGAAUCCCAAGGCCGAGCACGAGCACGACUACGAGAUUGGAGAGGAGAGGAGGGCCGCCGCGGGCGCCUCGUGUAUAGCUAGUGAUAUUGUUGUAGCACAUAGUGAGACUGUCGGUCGAGGUGUGGUGCGAGUGUGAGCGGAGUGCGGAGUGCGAAGUGCGGCGUGCGGCGUGCGACGUGCGUCCGGCUGCCACCGACACCGUCGCGGUCGGUGGUACUUCCUUGUCUUCCUUUUGUACCUUAUUAUUUAUUGCCGAGCACAUUGCCCGGGCCUCGAGCACCGCGCGGUUCCAGAUUGCCCAUUAAUGGACCCGCCGGCGACGCCGAGACCACUACUAUUAUUAGUAUUAAUUUAUAAUUUAAUUAAAAACACGACAAAUAAACAAUGGAGCACCAAAAAAGUUAUAAAAAUCAAACAGAAAUAAACGAGUUUGAAUUAA